AGGGUCGGGUCACGUGACGGGAGUGACGUCUCCGAAUGUUGUUGUUGGUGGCGGCGGCGAGCGGAGCCGGAGGAGCCGCCGCAAAGAUGGAGGAGCCGUCGAGGAGGCGCUGCCGCUGCUGCCGCCGCCGCUGCUGCCGCCGCCGCCCGCGAAGCCGGAGCUCGAGCCGCAGGGGGGAUUCCGUUCUGAGUGCCUGACUGCCUCACCCGGAAGGAUGGCCUCGGAUGGGCAUUAGAGGCACAGCGGCCCCGGGCUCCUGUCCCGUCCGUCUGUCUGUUAUCGUCUGUCUCUCUUGACAUCACUGCAGCUCCACCCCCUCCCGUCCCAGACCCCAACGCCAGCUUCCUGCGGGCCCAGAGCCGGCAUGAACUCUCCCAGCGAGUCGGCAGAUGGGAUGUCAGGCCGGGAACCGUCCUUGGAAAUCCUGCCUCGGACCCCUCUACACGGUAUCCCUGUGGCAGUGGAGGUGAAGCCGGUGCUGCCAGGAGCCAUGCCCAGCUCCAUGGGGGGCGGGGGUGGAGGCAGCCCCAGCCCUGUGGAGCUGCGGGGUGCUCUGGCAGGCCCUGUGGACCCCGCGUUGCGGGAGCAGCAACUGCAGCAGGAGCUCCUGGUGCUCAAGCAGCAGCAGCAGCUGCAGAAGCAGCUCCUGUUCGCUGAGUUCCAGAAACAGCACGACCACCUGACACGGCAGCAUGAGGUCCAGCUGCAGAAGCACCUCAAGCAGCAGCAGGAGAUGUUGGCAGCCAAGAGGCAGCAGGAGCUGGAGCAGCAGCGGCAGCGGGAACAGCAACGGCAGGAGGAGCUGGAGAAGCAGCGGCUGGAGCAGCAGCUGCUCGUCCUGCGAAACAAGGAGAAGAGCAAAGAGAGUGCCAUCGCCAGCACUGAGGUGAAGCUGAGGCUCCAGGAAUUCCUCCUGUCGAAGUCAAAGGAGCCCACGCCAGGCGGCCUCAACCAUUCCCUCCCACAGCAUCCCAAAUGCUGGGGAGCCCACCAUGCUUCUUUGGACCAGAGUUCCCCUCCCCAGAGCGGUCCCCCUGGGACGCCUCCCUCCUACAAACUGCCUUUGCUUGGGCCCUACGACAGCCGUGAUGACUUCCCCCUCCGCAAAACAGCCUCUGAACCCAACUUGAAAGUGCGUUCGAGACUAAAGCAGAAGGUGGCCGAGCGGAGAAGCAGUCCCCUCCUGCGUCGCAAAGAUGGGACUGUCAUUAGCACCUUUAAGAAGAGAGCUGUGGAGAUCACAGGGGCUGGGCCUGGAGUGUCGUCCGUGUGUAACAGCGCGCCAGGUUCUGGCCCCAGCUCUCCCAACAGCUCCCACAGCACCAUCGCUGAGAAUGGCUUUACUGGCUCAGUCCCCAACAUCUCCACCGAGAUGCUCCCCCAGCACCGGGCCCUCCCUCUGGACAGCUCCCCCAACCAGUUCAGCCUCUACACGUCUCCCUCUCUGCCCAACAUCUCCCUAGGGCUGCAGGCCACGGUCACUGUCACCAACUCACACAUCACUGCCUCCCCGAAGCUGUCAUCGCAGCAGGAGGCCGAGAGGCAGGCCCUUCAGUCCCUGCGGCAGGGUGGCGCGUUGACGGGCAAGUUCAUGAGCACAUCCUCCAUCCCUGGCUGCCUGCUGGGCGUGGCACUAGAGGGCGACACGAGCCCCCAUGGUCACGCCUCCCUGCUGCAGCAUGUGCUGCUGCUGGAGCAGGCCCGGCAGCAGAGUACCCUCAUUGCUGUGCCACUUCACGGGCAGUCCCCGCUGGUGACAGGUGAACGCGUGGCCACCAGCAUGCGGACAGUGGGCAAGCUCCCGCGGCACCGGCCCUUGAGCCGCACUCAGUCUUCGCCGCUACCCCAGAGCCCCCAGGCCCUGCAGCAGCUGGUCAUGCAGCAGCAGCACCAGCAGUUCCUGGAGAAGCAGAAGCAGCAGCAGCUGCAGCUGGGCAAGAUCCUCACCAAGACUGGGGAGCUGCCACGGCAGCCCACCACCCACCCUGAGGAGACAGAAGAGGAGCUGACGGAGCAGCAGGAGGCCUUGCUGGGGGAGGGAGCCUUGACCAUACCCCGAGAAGGGUCCACGGAGAGUGAGAGCACGCAGGAAGACCUGGAGGAGGAAGAGGAGGAGGAGGAAGAGGAGGAGGAGGAGGAGGAGGAGGACUGCAUCCAGGUCAAGGAUGAGGAGGGCGAGAGUGGCGCUGAGGAGGGGCCCGACUUGGAGGAGUCCAGUGCUGGUUACAAAAAGGUGUUCUCAGAUGUCCAGCAGCUGCAGCCGCUGCAGGUGUACCAGGCACCCCUCAGCCUGGCCACUGUGCCCCACCAGGCCCUGGGCCGCACCCAGUCCUCACCUGCUGCCCCUGGGGGCAUGAAGAGCCCCCCAGACCAGCCCACCAAGCACCUCUUCACCACAGGUGUGGUCUACGAUACCUUCAUGCUCAAGCACCAGUGCAUGUGUGGGAACACACAUGUGCACCCUGAGCACGCCGGCCGGAUUCAGAGCAUCUGGUCCAGGCUGCAGGAGACAGGCCUGCUUAGCAAGUGCGAGCGGAUCCGGGGUCGCAAAGCCACGUUGGAUGAGAUCCAGACUGUGCACUCCGAAUACCACACCCUGCUCUAUGGGACCAGCCCCCUCAACCGACAGAAGCUGGACAGCAAGAAGCUGCUCGGCCCCAUCAGCCAGAAGAUGUACGCCAUGCUGCCUUGUGGGGGCAUCGGGGUGGACAGUGACACCGUGUGGAACGAGAUGCACUCCUCCAGUGCUGUGCGCAUGGCGGUGGGCUGCCUGGUGGAGCUGGCUUUCAAGGUGGCGGCUGGAGAGCUCAAGAAUGGAUUUGCCAUCAUCCGACCCCCAGGACACCAUGCUGAGGAAUCCACAGCCAUGGGAUUCUGCUUCUUCAACUCUGUAGCCAUCACAACCAAACUCCUGCAACAGAAGCUGAACGUGGGCAAGGUUCUCAUCGUAGACUGGGAUAUUCACCAUGGCAAUGGUACCCAGCAAGCGUUCUACAAUGACCCCUCUGUGCUCUACAUCUCCCUGCAUCGCUAUGACAAUGGGAACUUCUUUCCAGGCUCUGGGGCUCCUGAAGAGGUUGGCGGUGGGCCAGGCGUGGGGUACAAUGUGAACGUGGCAUGGACGGGAGGUGUGGACCCCCCCAUCGGAGACGUGGAGUACCUAACGGCCUUCAGGACAGUGGUGAUGCCCAUUGCCCACGAAUUCUCACCUGACGUGGUCCUAGUCUCUGCCGGGUUUGAUGCUGUUGAGGGACACCUGUCUCCGCUGGGUGGCUACUCUGUCACCGCCAGAUGUUUUGGCCACUUGACCAGGCAGCUGAUGACGCUGGCAGGGGGCCGGGUGGUGCUGGCCCUGGAGGGAGGCCACGACUUGACCGCCAUCUGUGAUGCCUCUGAGGCCUGCGUCUCAGCUCUGCUCAGCGUGGAGCUGCAGCCCUUGGACGAGGCAAUCUUGCAGCAAAAGCCCAACAUCAAUGCAGUGGCCACACUAGAGAAAGUCAUCGAGAUCCAGAGCAAACACUGGAGCUGUGUGCAGAGGUUUGCUGCUGGUCUGGGCCGUUCCCUGCGGGAGGCCCAGGCAGGUGAGACAGAGGAGGCUGAGACUGUGAGCGCCAUGGCCUUGCUGUCGGUGGGGGCUGAGCAGGCCCAGGCUGCUGCAGCCCGGGAGCACAGCCCCAGGCCAGCAGAGGAGCCCAUGGAGCAGGAGCCUGCCCUGUGAUGCCCUGGCCCCAAUUCCCUCUGGGCUUCAUCAUUGUGAUUUUGUUUAUUUUUUCUAUUAAAAACAAAAAGUCACACAUUCAACAACGUGUGCCGUGUGGGUCUCUCAGCCUUGCCCCUCCUGCUCCUCUAAGCUGCCUCAGGCCCCCCACCUCCCCCGCGGACUGUGGCCCACAUCUCAGCUCUAGGAGUUUGCUCCCUCUAUAGGGCCUGGGGGUGCCCUUUCCAGCCCCUUCGCCAUGUUGUAUCCCACACCCACUUUCCUGCAUUCUGUCCUUUUCCCCCUGGAAGCCUGGGCCAGCUCAAGGUGGGCAUGGGGGCCAAGAUAGUACCUUCCGGUUCUGAGUGAGGAGGGAACAGUAAGUCCGGUGCCUUGGCUUCAGCUGACUUGGGGGGAAAUGCCUUAAUUUCACCCUCCUCCCCUCUCCAGCCUCAGGGGAGGAUCCGGAGGGUCCCUCUACACUCUAAGAUGUAGAUGUAGAGUGGAGGGGAGGUGGGCUCCCGCCCUGCAAUGCCCCACCCUUUUCCCCUUCUGUUGUCCUCACCAUCUCUGCACAGGCUCCUUUCUCCUCCUCCUUUCUCCUGGCCUCAGCACCAAGGGGAAGGCUGUCCCCUAGGACAUGGGCCUGAGGUCUGGGGGCAGAGCUGUCUUGCCUCACACUCCUCAGGGCCUACUUCCCCUUCCCAGGGGCUGGAGGGGGUGAAAGUGUAUGGGGAGGGAUAGGGCUGGACUCCUGGGUUCUGAGGGACCAGGAGGAGCCACAGAAACAGGCCUGCUCUCUACCUUACUCUACUGGCCUCCUUGCCCUCUGCUAGCACAGCCUGGGGAGGGGGAGAAGGUGGUCCCUGCAGGGGGGCUCCAGGCUGGUGAGAGCCCCCCUGCUGUUCAGGACCAGAUUUCCCCAGCCAUCCAGCAUGCUGCGAGUAGAAGGGUCAGUGGCCUCCCUCCCUCCUGAGGCCUUUUGCUUUGAAGCCUGGGGGUGGUGAGAGUGGGGUUUUAGAAGGGGUAGGACUAGAACCCAGGAGUCUGCCCUCAGCUGUAGCUUCCCUUUCUCCUGGGCUUCCUUUGCUGGCCACCAGCCCAAGGGAGCUAAGACCAGGAGGGGGCUGGGCACCACCCUUUCUUCCCUAGGAGCCCAGCCUAGCCCUCUGUUUCCAGGGUUGGGGGCCUACAAGGCUUCUAGGGAAUGCUGUCCAGCCUAUAGGAAACCAAAGAUGGGAAGCGGCUCCUAGGGGGCCAACUUCCUCCCUCCUCCUUCCCAACACCACGUAUACUUUCUUUCCUCCCAUCCCCAGGGCCCCACCAAUCUGUUUACAUAUUUAUUAUCCUAACGGGGGCCUGAGCAGGGUUGAGGGAGCCAGGUGAGGGGCAGGAGUCCCACCACCAUCGGUUCAUUGUGUGCUUGUGUCUUGUGUGUUGUUAGUGUAUUCUAGAUCCUCUUGGGGGAUGGGGAUGGGGCUGGGCCCAGUGUACCAGGCUUCCCCAUGCUGAACCCAGCUCCAGGCCCCUCACCCUCCCUUUCCCCAUGGCUGGUCUGGUUCUCAUGUAAACCCACUCCUUGCUUUGUCUCCCUGGAUAUGGAUUUCAGUUAAGUAUUUUGUAACCCGUUACACUGUGUGUCCUUGUAUAAAUAAACUUGUUUCUGGCAGUGC